UUUCAAGGUGUGGCAAGCGCCAGUGCGCAGUCCAGAGAGAGACAGUCUUGGAGUAAAAAAAGCAAAAAUUUGCUUUAAUAGAAGGAAAUUGUUUGCCAUAAAUACAAACGAGAAUGGGUACUGGGCAAAAGGUAACAUUUGGACUUUACAUGCUCUCAGCUCUCUCAGUUAUCUUGGGGAUUCGUGUAGAGUUUCAGCAGCCGGAGUAUGAGGUCGCUAGGGAUGAUCCUGUCUCCAUGACAUGCACCUUCCAAACCGAAAUACCAAACAGUCCCACUGUUAUAAUCACCUGGACAGCAGAUGCGGAUGAUCCAAAUGAGCCACAGAUAUCGAUUGGAGCUUUUUACCAUCCUGGUAACGUGGUAGACAUUAAUUCUGCAUAUGAGGGCAGAGCUACCAUGAAAAAUGAUAUAGCUGCUGGAAUAUCAACACUGUCCUUCUCUCGUGUCACCAUGCAAGAGAACAGAGUUUUCCAAUGUAAAGUGCAGAUCCCUAUGGAUAAUGAUGGCCAAUCAGCAGACACUACCCGACUGGUGGUACUGGUUGCUCCAUCUCAACCUGUCUGUAAUGUCCAGGGCGAAGCAGAGUACGGCCACAAUAUUAACCUCACUUGCAAGUCCACGGAGGGGUCUCCAACACCCAUAUACAAGUGGGAAAGAUUUGACACCAGCAAUAACCGUCAACCUUUUCCACCAAGGACCACUGAGAGAGAUGGAGUUUUGUCUCUCUUCAAUGUAUCAAGGGAAACAUCAGGAUAUUAUAUCUGCACCUCAACCAAUAAGAUUCGGUCAGCUUCAUACAACAUGACACUCAGCAUUAUGCCACCUUCCAUGAACAUGGCUUUCACAGCAGGCCUCAUCGGGGCUGGUGCUGCCGGACUAGUGGUCCUCCUCAUUGUUGUGUAUUGCUGCUGCUGUAGGAAAGGGAAGCAGCAGCUACAGCAGGAGGAGGCACAAGAUUAUGAAAUGAGAGAUGCAGAGGAAUUCCGUGACGAUCCAAAGAGUGUUCCGUAUGAAGACGACACCCUCAAAUCAAGCACUGCUAAUUAUGUUGGAGGGAAGGGUCGCAAUGAACGCUUUGACAAUCACACUGAUGAUCGUCAAGGUGGCAAUCGCUAUGAUGAUCGCUAUGAGGGUGGUCACAGCCGUUCUCGUGAUCAACUUGAUCGCCAAGAUGAGAGUCGCAUGCGCCCCAGUGAUCGAAUAGAUCGCUAUGACGACACUCGCAGUCACUCAAGUGAUCGACUUGAUCGCUAUGAUGAUGGUCGCAGUCGAUCCAGUGAUCGACUUGAUCGCAAUGAUGAUGGUCGUGGUCGGUCUAAUGAACAACUUGAUCGCUAUGAUGAUCGUCGUGGUCGGUCUAAUGAACAACUUGAUCGCUAUGAUGAUCGUCGUGGUCGGUCUAAUGAACAACUUGAUCGCUAUGAUGAUCGUCGUGGUCGGUCUAAUGAACGACUUGAUCGCUAUGAUGACAAUCGUAGUCGCUCCAGUGAUCGACUUGACCGCUACGAGGGCAGUCGAGAUCAUUAUGAUGAUCGCAGGGACCACUACGAAGACCAACGUGAACGUUACCAGGACAAUCGCACUCACUAUGAUGAUCGGCGUAACUAUGAAGACAAUUGAGAUGAUCAUCGUUCAUACCUGCAUGAUCUGUAUGAUUGUUAUGAUGAUCACAGAAAUGGUCGGUAGGAUGACAUUUUGUCUACAGGAUUAUGGCCGCUUCAUGAAAAUCAUCAACUGACUAAAUCGACUGAGACUAUCAUACAUUUCAAGCUUGAAUAUUCUUUUAUUUUAUGCUUACAAGGAUUAGGCCAUUUAUAUGUUUGUUGUGUUUUUUUAUAUACCAUUGCAAUAGCUUUCUUGUCAUUGACAACUGUUGGUCAUGUAAGUGCAGCCAGCUCAGUAGGAUGACCAUUUGACCACAGGAUUAAGGCCCAUUUAUGAAAAGCAUCUACUGACUAAAUCAACUGAGACAUAUCAUAUAUUUCAAGCGUCUACUUCAAAUAUUCUUUUAUUAUGAUUAUAAAAUUAGGCAAAUUGUCGGUUGUGUUUUUUAAUUUACUAUCGCAAAUUGCAAUACAUUUCUUAACUGUUGGUCAUGUAAGUGCAGUUAUUAUUUGUGGAUUAACAUCAAAUUAAUGUCAAUUAUCAUUUCAGACCUUUUUUAGAAUCUUGUAUCAUGCUUGUGAGUCUACAGUGGUGGUAGGCCUAUACUUAAUCCAUGACUAUGCUUUAGCCUACUUGAGACAUGUAUUGUGCAGUUUUAGAAACUGUAGCAUUUAUCAUAGAUCUACAUAUAAAAUUAUUGUUUUGUUUGUUUGUUUGUCUUUGGGAACCUUCUUAUAGUUUUUAAUAAAUCUCUAAAGUUUG